CUGGAGCUUACUGCUGGGCCGAGGGCUCCACUAAGCUGAGAUUCAACGUUGAACUCUGCGAGGUAGAGUCCUGUGGAAGAACUAGGCUGACAGCGAUGUGGGUCAGGACGACACUAACGAUUAAAAGAUGGACUGAGGAAAAGAGUGGCUGCAAAACUGACAUUUGGGACGAGAGCGAGAGCACCGAUAUAAGCAGGUUGCCCAGCUGGAAGAGAAGACAUCUGGCUAGUGUGGAGUCCAGCAGUGAUGUGUCUUCCUUCUCCUCGGAAGGUGACUGCGAGGACACUGACAGGUACUGCUGGAAACACCAGCAGUGUGUCAUCCACCCCUACUCGGACUGUGGCCAUCACAAGCAGCACAUGCACACCGUCAGACACUGCAACUGUGAAUCUAGGCUGAAGGACUGCUCAGAGAAGACAAAUAGUAGCAGCUCCCGAGAUGUAGGCCCGACCUGCUCCAGAGAUGGGGGCUCAACCUGCUUCAACAUCAUCCAUACCCCUUGCUUUGAACUCAUCCCAGAGGAAGAGUGUGUGGAGCGGAUCUGGUACAGCUGGUGCAAACGCUACAGACCCCUCUCUGUGGCAGUAAUUCACCAUCCCCAUUCCAUCCAUCACACAUGUAUGGCAGAUGACAGAAAUGAGGAGGAGGAGGAGGAGGAGGAGGAGGAGGAGGAGGAGGAGGAGGCCCCAUCUCCCAGCCCGACUCACUUGUGUCCCACUGACAUACCUACUGACCCAGACAUCAGGCCCGUCACCAGGGCUCCCGACUCAGCAGCGCCCAUCACCAUCUGGCGUUCUGAGAGCCCCACAGACAAGAGUCAGGAGGGCAAGGUCAUCAAGAAGAUAAAGAAGAAAAAGGAGAAAGAGAAAGACAAGGAGGAGGAGAUGGUGGAUGAGAAGGCAAAACCGAAGAAAAAUGUCAAGAAGGGCAAGUUAACUAAGAAGAAAAGCCCAGUGAAAUCAGAGUCUUCCCCUCCAGAACUAGUCAGGACGUCAGAGUCCAGCCCAGAAAGCCGAGAAGAGCCGGAGAGUGAGGACAGCUAUGAACGGAAUAAAGAGGGGCGCUCCAGUGAAGAUAUUGUGGAAUCACCGUCGCCCAAGAAGAAAGAGAAGAGCACCGCCCAAACCAAAAAGAAUGGGACAAAGACCUUACAAAACAAGAAGACGAGCAAGAGAAAAUCUCCCCCAGUGUCCAACCCCAAUCUCAGUUGAGGCCAGGGCAACCAGAGUGAAUAAAUCAAGCCUGUAACUGACCCCACUGCUAUCUCUCCCUCCAACAGGGCCUCUUCUGGGGGGAGGUGGCUGGCUCUGGGCCAGAGGUCAGGGGGAUUCUCAAGGGACAAUUCUACAUUAAGGAGGAAGUCUAUGUCUAUGGGAAGUUAGGUAGGAGGGAGAGAGAAGCCACCUAGGAGCAGGUGUCAGAAUCUGUCUAGGGAGGGAGCGGAUGUUGGAGACCAGCGCUAUUUGUGAAACUCCUUCUGUGGUGAGCAGCACUAAGCAGCGCCACCUUCAAUAAACUGAACCUGCUGCUCACUUGG